GUUAAAAUAAAUUUUAAUUAAUAUUUCAGCUUAAACAUGCAUCAAUAUUAUCAAAAUUAGAAAAGUAUAAAAAUGAGAUGAAAAAUGUAAAAAAGUCUAACCAUAGUAGAGAUGUGUCAUUAGCAUCUAUGUUUCAGCCAAAAUUACAGUUAUCUCCUUCGAAGUCUUUAUCAAAGUGUCAUAUUAUCAAUUUAGUCUUUGAUUAUAUCGUACAAGAAAUGAGGCCAAUAAUUACCUGUGAAAAACCAGCAUUCAGGCAAUUAAUAAUGGGUCUCACUGGCAUAUCAGACACAUCAUUUCUUCCAGACUCAAAAGUUAUUAGCAAAGAAUUGAAAUUAAGGUACAUGUCCUAUGUUACAAUGUUGACAAAAUGUAUUUCAGAACAAUCAUUUAUUUGUACAACAGCUGAUAUAUGGUCUUGUAAUAAUAAAAGCUAUUUAGGCAUGACCUGCCAUUUCAUUAAUGAAAAAGAUUUUAGUAGACAUUCGUAUGUGUUGGGUUCAGUGGCGGCUCGUGGGGUUCGUUGAAG